AUGAGAGAGAGAGGAAGAGAGAGGGAGGGGGAGAGAAGGAAAGGGGUAAGAAAGAGAGUGAUAGUGUGUGUGAGAGAGAAGAGAGCUAGAUAGAUAGAGAGAGAGAGAGAGAGAGGGGGGGGGGGGGGUAGAGAGGUCUGAUCAGAAGGUCUUCAACCAAACUGUCUCUGAGGAGCUACGAGGUCACCAGUUUCUUGUUUAAGUAAAGCCCUGCUUAGCCCUGUCCAGCCCUGUCAUUUGCAUUUAAGGUCAUUUUACCUGGGGAGAUUCUAUAUAUAGAUUAGCAUUCCAUGUGUAAAUCAGCCUCUAGUGGAAAUCUUACAUCUUUCAAUCGAUUACCAGUAAACCCUGUGCCAAAAGCUUUCUAAAGUGGGACCAUUUUAGACCAAUUCUAUGCUUCUGUCAGUGAUUGGAUAGAGCUAGAUAGAAACCAGCCUGACGCUAAUAAAGAUGAUAUCAGCCACAGCAAUCUAGCCCUACCUGCACUGGUUAACAUGCAUCUACCCUAGUUUGUUGCUCCGUUUGUUGCUGUUUUCGUGAUGUGAUGCAUCUACUGACCUGAACAAGUAGUGAACUUGUAGUGGACUUGUAGUGGUCUUGUAGUGGUCUUGUAGUGGUCUUGUAGUGGUCUUGUAGUGGACAUUCUCUAUGCUUUGUUUAACGUUUGACCUAUCAUUGUGUUUUGUAGAUUUCUCUUUGCCUUGCUUUUCCCCCUUGGUCAGACAGGUGGUCAUUGCAAGAGAAUAAUUUGGUUCGCAAUUGACCGACCUGCUGAAAUAAAGGUUGAAUAAAAGGUUGAAACAAAAGUUGUUGUUAUUUAGCUGACUCUUAACCCUACCUAGAAAUCCAAGCUAACCCUCCCUCUGCGUGUGUCUUCCAGGUCGCAGGGGAACAGAAGUACCAUCCAGAAUGCUUCACCUGUCUGAACUGCAGAGCCUUCAUCGGAGACGGAGACACCUACGCACUGGUGGAGAGGUCCAAACUAUACUGGUACAUUAUAAUGAUCAUAAAAACCUUAUACAUUUCAGUCAGUGCUAAUAGGGAGUAGGGUUUAGAGAUUCAGCAGACUCAAGGGAAGGUCAUUAUUUAUCAUCGAGACGAGAGGUUGUAAAUUGAUCAGAAUGUGAAGUUAUUACAGUAACACCAGUGCUGUGCAGCGUGACCACUGUAGCCUAAAGCAGAAAUAGAAAUGUGGAAAUAACGGUAGUAGUGGAUAGAGAAGCAACGGACGUGAGGUGAGGAAGAGUGUACUGUAUGACACACACACUGACACGAGGAGGGAGGAAGGGAUGUUGAAAUACAAAGCAGUCAUUGUCCUGUCAGCUCUGAAUGGAAGUGUCAGUGUGUGUGUGAUGGGAGGUUGACUAGAUCAUUAUUCUGACACUUGACAUUCUGGCAUGAUGUUAGAAUAUUAUUUCAUUCUAUCAGGUGAUGCACACAGAAAUGUAAAUUGUCACUUAUGUCCAAAAUAAAAAGUGUGAUAUGCGUACAUGACAUUGUGUAAGAACAAAUUAAAUUUGCAUUCCUAUUUCUCUGUAUUAAUAUUGCUUUACGGAUAUUCGUUCACUUGUCUGUUCUAUCUAUGCUGACCUCCCCCUGCCUCUCCCCCUUCUCCUUCCGCAGUGGCCACUGUUACUACCAGACCAUCUUGACGCCGGUGUCCCUGCCAGACUCACCAUGCGCCAGGAUCCCCCACACAGUGACCCUGGUGUCCAUCCCAGCCUCCACAGACGGGCGGAGAGGGAUCUCAGUCGCCAUCAACCAGCCUCUCAGCCCCAACGGCUAUGGCCCAGAACACACUGUCAGGGUAUCACAGUGAGUAUAGAGGAAGGGUGGGGGGAUAGGAGUGAUGGAGGGUUGAGAUAUGGAGGGAUAGGGAGAGAGAGGGAGAGAGGGAGAGAGAGAGAGAUGGAAAAUAUUAUUCCUUAUCUCAGUGGGACUUCCUGGUUUAAUUAACUAUUGACUAGAAUUUUAAUAAAUACACCAAGGGAGGGAUAGAGUGGGGGAUGGAGUGGGAGAGGGAGAUGGGGAUGGAUGGGGAGGGAGAGGGGGAUGGAUCGGUAGGCUAACAGAAGGAUGGGAGAUGACUGAACGGGAGACAUGGAAGUCAGAGAAAGGCACAGAAUGGAAGUGAGGGAAUGUGAGGACAUUGUUAUUUAAAUCCAGUGUAGAUUAAAUACUAUACCCAUGUCCUUGUACAACAAAAGGGAUGGAAAGGAUCUAGCAGUAUGUACACUGUCCUGUCUUUUAUCUUUCCAGUGGACCAGGAUACCAUUCUGUACAUGCUAGAUUUUCUAAAGUCUCACGUUGUCAUACUUCCUAGACUUAUGAUGUAAUCACUUGGCUAAUGGAAUGGGAGAAAGAUGGAUAUCGAGGUUAAAUCUAUGUCCAACUGCUUAUCGCUGUUCUCUCAUUCCUUGUCCAGGGUGGACUCUGAGUUGAUCAGUCCAGAUGUGAAGAACUCCAUACAUGUCGGAGACCGGAUCCUGGAGAUCAACGGAACACCCAUCAGGAAUGUUCCUCUCGAUGAGGUAACCUAACUGACAUCUCUUUACUUGUGUUGCUGAUAGACAUCAAUGACAUUGGUAUUAGUGAGAUGUUAAUUAAAUUCGAGGCUUGAUGUUACAAGAUCCAAGUUUAAGUCCUUACUCAUGUUUAAUCUACUGCAUCAUACCAUGGAGUUGAUAGACACUAGGGGGAAAACAUCAACACUCUUAGCCAUACUACAUGCUAUAUGCUAUGCUAGGUUCUAUAUGUUAUGCUACAUGCUAAUGCUACACUGAUCAUCUUUUACCUCCGCUCCACCAGAUUGACCUGCUCAUCCAGGAGACCAGUCGUCUGCUCCAGCUGACCAUAGAACACGACCCCCACGACCAGGGGUGUUCAGAGGGUGAGACAGUGGGCGGACCCCUAACCACCCCCCCUGUCUGACGGUCCCAGCCCCAUCCUCCCCAUCACCCAGCCCCCACACCCAGACAUCAACAACCUGCGCUCACGCCUGAUCACGUAAGGACUAAUCUCAGUGACAUUUACAGACGCACAAAUACAGGCUGUUGUAGUCGUGGUGUUUUGGUUUAUUUCAACCUCAAAUACAGUAUGAAUAGAAUCGAAAAUGAAAGAAUUACGCGACAAAAUACAGAUUUAUAUGAAAUCUUCAACUAAAUGAAAUGUAUACAUAAAUAAAUGUACUAAACACAUUUUAGACAUAAAUUAUAUAAUUGGCCUACAUUAAUUACAUUUUAUUGGUGCAAAUACGUGGGCUGACAUAUAUUACAUUAUUUCAGUUCUUCAGUGAAAUGGAUGAGCAUUUACAUGUGUAACUGCAGUCCCUCUGUCGCUCCCAUUUCCUAAUUAGUCUAUAAUGGUAAUAGCUGCUAGACUGGUGCCUUAUGACAGGGCUCGCAGCACCAUUUGUCUCCUCCACCUGUUCCAUCUUUCUCUUUUUUUCCUUCUCUCCACCUCUCACUCCCUCUCUCUUCUUUUAUCUCUCUCGCCCUCUCUCUUUCUCUGUCUCCGUCUCUCUACUCUCUCCCCUCGCUCUCUCCUCCUCUCCCCCCUCUCUCUCCAGGCGGAGCUACAGUACUGAUAAGUCUCCGUGCUCCAGUAAUGCAGUGUCCCCUCUCUCUCAGAGGAAGGACAUUAACCGCUCCGAGUCGCUGCGAGUCGUCUCCAACAGUCGCAUGCACCGGAUCUUCCGGCCCUCAGACCUCAUCCAUGGAGAGGUGCUGGGAAAAGGCUGCUUUGGACAGGCCAUCAAGGUAAACACCAACCUCCACACACUCUGGUUUUCAUUUGUUGACUGAUGACUUGGGUAUGACGUGGCCAUUGUCUGUUCAACUGUCCUCUCUGUUAAAGAUGACCAUGGAAAAGCAACUAAUUUUGGGGGACAGUUCCAACACCUUAAAAAUCCCACUUCACACUACUGAAUGUGUGUCAAAUGUUACUGCGUAGGAGCAUAAUAUAUACUGUGUUCAAAAGUUCCAGAAGAUGGCAGCAUUGAGAUGCUUUACUGAAUGGCCUCGGAUGUAACCAGAAUGUACAGUAGCCUAUAUGUGUGCAUCUGCUGCUUGGAAGAUGCACUCAAGCAGGGAGCAAAUAUCCGCUUUGAGAGGGGGACAACAUAUAUCCAGGGUUUUUAUUCCUUAACAGUUCUCAGAUUCCCAGACUUUACCUGUUGGGGUGAAAUGAGCUUUGAACAGAAAAUGCCCCCAUGCCCUGUGGCACAGGCUGAUGACAACAGGCUGAUGACAUCACAGUGUGUGUGUUUCUGCAGGUGACCCACAGAGAGACAGGGGAGGUGAUGGUGAUGAAGGAGUUGAUUCGUUUCGAUGACGAGACACAGAGGACAUUCCUAAAAGAGGUGGGUGACAUCACUCUAUUUGACCCUUGA